AUGGCUGUACAUGUACCGGAGGUUGACAAGAGCUACAUAAAUCCCUACAGUGGGUACUGCUAUAAUCUACACACAUUUUUGUAUGAUUUUACAGUUUUAGCAUUUGAUGUUGUAUUCAAGAUUUUUUUCAGGGAAAUCCAGGUUAGAGGAUCAUACAAUAUCCCUCCCAAGGGAAAUCCUACUAUUGUUGUUUGUGCUCCUCAUGCUAAUCAAUUUGUUGAUCCAGCGUUAGUCAUGUCCCAAAUUUUUAUGUUGCCUGGGGUUCAAUCGAGACGGCCAUGUUUUGUUGCAGCAGCUUCUUCUUUUAAGAAGGCAUUUGUUGGGUUGUUUGGUCGGUGGACUGGUGGUAUUCCUGUGGAUAGAUCGGUUGAUAAUUUAAAACCAGUAGACCCUAAUAUGGUGCUAUAUUGCCCGGACUAUGAUAAUGAUCCACUAACAUACAAAGUGCGGAGCAAAGAUCCAGACGUUGCAAUACCUGAUCUGCGAGAUAUAUUUACUCCAAAGUCGUUGCUCGGUUUGCCCAAUUAUUUGAGUAAUACACAGAUUGCAUUCAUUCAGGAUCAUGAAACGAUUGUACUAAUGAAGCCAUUCAAGAAUAGCGUGCAGGUGAGAGAACUUGUUGUCGGCGGCACGCACUUCAAAUAUGCAUCCAAUGUUAACAACAGCGUUGUGUUUCAAAAUGUGUUCAAUAACUUGCAUACGAAAGGACUUGUGGGAAUUUUCUCUGAGGGUGGAUCACAUGACAGGCCCUCGUUACUACCAAUUAAGGCUGGUGUUGCCAUCAUGGCCUUGGGUGCUGUAGCAGCAGAUCCAACGUUGCCUAUCACUAUUGUACCAUGUGGAUUAAACUAUUUUCAUAGAAAUAAAUUUAGAUCUAGAGCGGUACUAGAGUUCGGUGAACCUAUCAUUGUCGAUGAAGCUGCGGGUAAGGCGUACAUUGAAGAUCCUAGGAAAGCAGUGUCUGAAUUACUAGAACAUGUGACAAACGCAUUGUAUUCGGUAACCGUGAAUGCUGAAGAUUACGAGACUUUAAUGUUAAUCCAGGCAACAAGAAGAUUAUAUCAGCCUAAAACAAUCAAUGGGCGUAUUCCAUUGUCUUUGGUUGUUGAAAUGAACAGAAGGCUGUUAAUUGGCUAUACAAAAUACAAAAAUCUUCCAAAGGUACAGCAGUUAAUGAAGGGAGUUAAAGAGUAUAACGAUCAACUUUAUUCGCUUGGGUUGAGAGAUCAUCAAGUUGAACAGUUAAAGACAUCAAAUGAAGCCAUGAUGCAUACCUUAUUUACAUUCCUGAGAAGGUUGUACCAAGUUUUCAUAUUCACUAUUUUAUCUCUACCUGGCGCUAUUCUUUUUGUCCCAAUAUUUAUAACAUGCCAUUACUAUUCUCAAAAGAAAGCGUCAGAAGGAGUCAAAAAGUCAUUUGUUAAAAUCAAGGGUGACGACCUAUUAGCAACCUGGAAAUUGUUUGUCGCACUUAUUAUGGCGCCAACAUUGUACAUCACGUAUUCUCUUGCAUUAACAAUUAUUUCAUCAAGGUACACCAAUUUUGAUUCAAUUUCUGAUAAGAUCAGGCUUUUUUUUUACUACUACAUCUUGCUUUUUUGUACUACCUAUGCAUCCUUUCGAAUUGGUGAACGGGGCAUGGACAUUUUUAAGUCACUACCGCCUUUGUUGAUAUCCCUGAUUUAUCCUUCACGUAAAAUAGAGGAAUUGAAGCAUUUAAGAAGAAGUUUAUGUUCAGAAGUUACUGAAGUUGUAGGUGAGUUUGGUCCAAAGUUGUUUCCAGAUUUGGAUAGCGAUGAAGAUAGCGCAUUAAGUGACAAUGUUAGCGAAUCAGAUUACAACUAUGAGGAUCUCUCUGCCAAUGAUAGCACAUAUUCCAGAGUACAUUCUGCCUCCACUACCUCACAAUUAUCUAAUGCUGUCUCUAAAAUUAAUUCCAGAGGUUCCCUUGCAGACAUACCAAUAUUUGGUGAUGGAUAUAUUGAUCAAUUACCUGGUGCUCCAGAAGAUUUGGAAUUUGAAUAUAAAGAGACGCCCUCAUCAAAAAUUGCCUCGUUGAUAUUACAAACUAGAGGAACGAAAGAAAAACCGACUAGCUUGAUGGCUAUCAAGGUGUUAGUCACUAUGUAA